AUGCGGGAAGUUCCCAGGUUUUCCCUAUUUACUGACUUCUCCACGUAAGACAUUUUUCUUCUUGCCUUCACAGCCAGAAAAAAUCAGCUUGAAAUUAGCAUUGGAUGAAAGUUUCCAGACAAGAGUUUGAAGGAAUUUGGAAGUUGCGAACACUGGAAUACUUUGAAUCCAUUUGACUUUUGUCCUCGUAGUUAACCAAGACAUCUGGCUAGUUUUUGUAAGUUUUUUCUCUGUCCUUUCGCGGUAGGAGAGCAUUGGAGAGAGGGGUACGAUGCAGGCGCGCUACCCCGUGUCUAGUCCAAGUCCUCUAGUGCCUUAUAUCACUGGAGAGCAGGGCUUUUACAGAACCGCGGCCGGUGGAGGAUAUACUGGUAUGCCUGCACCUAUGAGCAUGUACUCUCAUGCGGCGCACGAGCAGUACUCCGGUGGGAUGGCACGCGCCUAUGGGCCAUACGCUCCAGCACAACAGCCCAAGGACAUGGUGAAGCCGCCAUAUAGCUACAUCGCGCUAAUUACCAUGGCUAUCCAGAACUCAGCCGAUAAAAAGAUCACACUGAAUGGGAUCUAUCAAUUCAUCAUGGAACGUUUCCCAUUUUACCGGGACAAUAAGCAAGGCUGGCAGAAUAGCAUACGACAUAAUCUUUCACUUAAUGAGUGCUUUGUCAAAGUGCCACGAGAUGAUAAGAAGCCAGGUAAGGGCAGCUACUGGACCCUGGACCCGGACUCAUAUAACAUGUUUGAAAACGGCAGUUUCUUGCGACGAAGGCGCCGCUUCAAGAAGAAGGAUGCGCAGAGGGAUAGAGAAGACCGGGAUCGACAGGGCAAGGACACCCCGGGACAAGCAUGCGAGCAAGAACUCCAGCCGCCAGUGAAGCUCCAGGAUAUAAAGACGGAGAACGGGGCCUGCACGCCCCCGCAUAAUAGUACGCCACCCAUCAGUACCGUGCCUAAAACGGAGAGUCCAGACAGGAGCGGCGGGAGUGCGUGUAGCGGGAGCCCGCAGACGCAGACGGCACAACAGGCCUUCGGUAUGGAUACAAUCAUGACAGGACAUCGAGGGUCCCCACAGCACGGUGCAGAACUCCCGGCCUCCCGUGCUGCCCUUCCAGGCUCGGUGUCUAUGACCUACUCGCCAUCACCGCAACCAGCGCAUUACAGUCCACCGUGCGGCCAGCCCGCCACAUAUCACUGCAAUAUGCAAGCAACGAGCCUGUACACUGGGGACCGAGGCCACGGGGACGACACUUUUCCGGAAUAUACAAACACAACAAGCGCCUCCUCUAUCUCACAUCCCCACCAGAGCUCGAGCCUGGAGAGCCAGCACUUGCAGCAGAACAGACUCGCGCCCUGGUACCUCAAUCAGUCCGCAGAGCUGGGGCACCUGAGCGCGAGCUAUCCAGCUCAGCAGCAGAACUUUCACGCAGUGCGCGAGAUGUUCGAGACACAGCGGAUAGCCCUGAACAGCUCUCCGGUGACCGGAAGCAAUAGCUGUCAAAUGGCUUUCCCGUCCAGUCAGCCACUCUACCGGGCUUCCGGAGCCUUUGUAUACGACUGCAGCAAGUUCUGACCAAAAGUUUUAUUAAUUUAAAAAUGGUUUAAUAUAUAUAUAUAUAUUUGUUGUUUCCCACCCCCCCAAAUGUGUCUGUAGCCUAAUUUAAGGUGAGAGAACUCGGGCUAAUAUGUUAGUUUUUGUUGGUAAGUAGUAUAAUUCUGCUGUGGUCGUCUGACUGCACAUAAACAUUCUCAUCCUGCUCGUCCAUGAAGUUGGUCCAAAUAUAGAUUUAAAGAAAAUGUGUUAAUUUAUUUCAUGUAAGAGCAUGUGGACCAACUUUGCAAGGAAAUGUCUUAAUUAUUUAUAAUCAAUGCAGUAUAGAAAGGUUACGAGUGUACAGCUGAGUUCCUUUUUUUUUUUCUUAUAAUUUCUUGAAAAUAUUAAAAAUGACUAUUUGCCAAAUAAAUUACCGUCUUG